AUGAACGGAAGUCCUUCGCAUACUAGCGAGAAAACGAAAAAGAUUACUAGUAACAAAAAUGAUAGUAAUAAUUACACAACAAAUGCGACCAUCACGACGAAUUUUCUUAGUAGUGAUACGUUGUUAAUACCAGAGAAAACGCAACUUCCAUCUCCAGCACAUACAACGACAACAGCUCUAAAGACAUCUCCACUUCCUCACUUAUCAGAAGAACAAAGGGUUGAAAUUAAAGAGGUUUUUGAUUUAUUCGAUAAUGAUAAAAAGGGAGCUUUAUCUUUUCAAGAAUUAAAAACUGCUAUGAAAGCUCUUGGUUUUGAUGAGAAAAAACCCGAAUUACUAAAGAUUAUCCGACAAUAUGAUAAAAGUGAUGAAGGGCUGAUUUCAUAUGAGGAUUUCUAUAAAGUUAUGGCGGAACGAAUUGUGAAUAGAUCACCUAUGGAAGAAAUUCAUAGGGCCUUUCAACUUUUUGAUGAUGAUAAUACUGGAAAAAUAUCACUUCAGAAUCUUAAGCGAGUUGCAAAGGAAUUGGGAGAAAAUUUGGAUGAAGAUGAAUUACAAGCAAUGAUUGAUGAAUUCGAUUUAGAUGAUGAUGGAGAAAGUAUCCUUUUACGUUUGUCAAUUUGA